AUAAACUCGCACAGCAACUUCCGCAGUCAUAUUGAAUGCCAAUUUGCACAACAUGCACGGCCCCCAUCCCACAUCUGUACACAGUCUAUCAAUCAUCGCAUAAUCUCCGUUUACAUCAGUGCACGCAUUGUGGUUCUUUUGCAGAUCCUUAUGUGGAGCAUGAUCUGACCAUCAUCACGCUUGACUUGAUACUUUUGAAACCUGGAGUUUAUCGACAUCUUCUCUUCAAUCGAGGUUCUAAACCAAAACGUUCUGAUGAUGAUGAUGAUGAUGAAAAAAACGAUGAUGAAUUAUUGAGUCAAACUGCAAAGGACUCCUCGGAGAGUGCUCAGGAGCUAGCUGAGAUCCGUACAUGGACGCUCUUGCGCCUCGCUGUCAUCCUCACCCCCAUUGACGCCUACAUUAGAUGGUCCUACCGAUAUCAUCUUCCUGACUCGAGAAGUGUGAGUUGGUCCCCUUCAGCGGCCAACAUCUUCUUCCGGAUACUUGUUGGAUGUAUCAUGGAAACUCUCGCUUUUCAUGGCGGUGUGACGAUAGCUAGCUGGAUUGUCCUGGCUCUCCUUGACAAAUGGUCUCCACACUCCAAGUCGUCAACGCGUGGAAAUUUAAUGCUCAAGAUACAUGUACCCCUCGUUCUGUUUUAUUCAUCCUUGAAAAAGUUAUUUUUACUCUCUCUGCUUUCAAUCUGGCAACAAUCGUCCAACUUAUCUCCUGUCACCAACACGAUCACCAACCCGGCCAUUCCCGAGCUUAUCACGAACAUCCCUUGGGCGGUAUCGCUUUAUACGAUCUUUGACGAAGAUGUUCUGGAUCGUGAGUGGGUGAUACGCAAUCUGUUAGGCGGAAUGGCCGCAGGAUUUGGAUUGCGGGUGGCAUUGGAUUGCAAUCCCUACUUUAUAACCCUUAUCAUCCUCUUUGGUUGGAUCGCUAAGACGUUGAUGGCCUUUUGGCUUCAUGGAUGGGUGGGAGAUGCAGAUGAUGAACGUUGGAAAGUGUAUUCAAUACCUUGACGGGGCUCACCCGCCGAUUUGUGCUGU